AUGGCUAGCAACGCUCGCCGACCACCUCUCAGGACACGCACAACUGGCAGCGUAGCAGGCAGCACCUCCAAUGUCCCCCGAGCCGUCAAGAAGGACGCUGCGGCUACCGGCACCGAUGAUGCUGCGUCUGGGACGUCAUCAAGGGCCGCGUCAGGCGCCUCCUCCAGCACGCUUGGGACGCGCAAACGAGCUGCCCUUGGCGACCUCACAAAUGCCAACAGGAGCAAGUCUGCCGGCGUAGCAGGGUCAGUUAGGGGCAGCGCGACUGACGACAAGGAUGGCAAGGGUGGACUCGCGACACGGUCAAAGAGCGCGUCAGUCGCCGGUGCAGCUGGUUCAAAGGUGCCUCGCGCCGAGUCCAGCGCCAUGGCUGGCAGGCGUACGACGGCUUCUUCUGCGACGACGGCGCCUGCUUCACGCGUACCAUCGCGACGCACCACUACGACUACCACCACGGCGUCAAGGACGGUGGCCAACGGAGGUGCCGCGUCUAGACCAACAGCUGCCUCUCGCGCGCGUCAAGCAGCUCAACAGAAGCAGCAGCAGCAGCAGCAGUCUCAAGAAGAGGAAGUCGAAGACGGCCGCGACCAUAAGCGCGUCAAGGUCAACGACGAUGGCGAGGACGUAGAGAACCAAGAUGCGACAGUCAAGACUGUCGGCGCUGAUGAUGCGACGGGCGAGGCCAAGGACCAAGGAUGGGAAGACCUCGAUGCUGAGGACGCCGACGACCCCCUCAUGGUCGCAGAGUACGUGAACGAGAUCUUCGCCUACAUGAAGGACCUCGAGAUGACGACGAUGCCCAACGGCAGCUACAUGGAUACGCAGGGCGAAAUCGACUGGGGCAUGCGCGGUGUCCUCGUCGACUGGCUCAUUGACACGCACUCCAAAUUCCGCAUGCUGCCCGAGACGCUGUUCCUUGCCCUCAACGUUGUGGACCGGUUCCUCACCACGCGCGCCAUCUCGCUCAACAAGCUGCAGCUCGUCGGCCUCACCGCCAUGUUCAUCGCAGCCAAGUACGAGGAGGUCCUUUGCCCUAGCGUGAGCAACUUCCUCUACCUUGCAGACGGCGGCUACGACACCGAGGAGAUCCUAAAAGCGGAGCGCUACAUGCUCAAAGUCCUCGGCUUCAAUCUCAGCUAUGCCAACCCGAUGAACUUCCUACGCCGUAUUUCCAAGGCAGACAACUACGAUAUUCAGACGCGCACCGUAGCCAAGUACUUCAUGGAGAUCUCUCUCGUCGACUACCGCCUCCUCGAGCAUCCGCCUUCUCUCAUCGCUGCCGCCUCAAUCUGGAUGGCGCGCAAAGUCCUUGAGCGUGGGCCCUGGACUCCCACCUUGGUUCACUACUCGUCUUACUCCGAGUAUGAGCUCUUGGGCACCGCGGAGAUCAUGCUCGACUACACGCUGCGCCCCAUUGCGCACCCGCAGUUCCACAAGAAGUACGCCGCAAAGAAGUUCAUGCGCGCAUCCAACUACGUAGUGGAGUGGGCCCGCACCACCUACCCUGACGCGGUUGUACCAGAGUCGGACAUCGACCAGCAGGACUUGGGGCAAUUGAGGGUCGACCUAUUUGGGCAGGAGGGCUUGGUCAGGCCGACCAGCGAGUCGUGCGCACCGAGCGAGAUUGAUGGCGCGGAUGAGAGGGAGGAGUCACCGCUCUGA